UAAAUUGCUCAAUCAAAUAUAACGGACACCCGCGAGUUACUAGCUCGUCCAUUGAUAACUAGAUCGGACUGGCAAUGUAUCAAGGAGAGUUAUAGGGUCGGGGUGCUUAGCUGGCGCUUAUUACUGAAAUGUCAUCGAGCAGAUGAAAUGAAGACGUCGCUCGAAUGCGAGCGCGCCGAGACCGCCGAAAGCGGCGGCAAAGGCCGUAUAUCGUUUAGCGUUGACUCUUUGCUCAGAGGGAAAGCCGAUACUCCAGUGAAAGAAGCGAGCAUAACUGACGCGAAUAGCAAUGAUGCGGAAAGUACCGACGCGGCGCCGGAAACGGACGAUAGUGACGUGGACAUCGAAGAUGUUGAGUCGAACGUCGGCGACGACAGAGACGACCGCGAUGAGAGGGAGAUGGGGAAUGACGGGGAGGAGAUGGAGGGUCGCAGUGGGGUCGUGGUGCCUCAGCCGCUGCUGCCCAGGUUGUACCAGGGCCAUGCACCGCCACCGACCUGGCCCUUCGGAGCGUUCCCAUGGAUGGCACCAAACCCCAUGUUUAGGGGAGGCUCACCAAAUGCAGGUCCCCCGACCGGCCCCCCAGUGGUUCGCUGCCAGCUCCGCAAGCACAAGCCCAACAGGAAGCCCAGGACUCCCUUCACGACGCAGCAACUCCUGGCCCUAGAGAAGAAGUUUCGGGACAAACAGUACCUGAGCAUAGCGGAGAGAGCCGAGUUUUCCUCGUCUUUGAGGCUCACGGAAACUCAGGUAAAAAUUUGGUUCCAAAAUCGGCGAGCUAAAGCGAAACGGCUUCAGGAAGCUGAAAUUGAAAAACUCCGACUCUCCGCGCGGCCCCUACUGCCUCCGUCCUUCGCCCUUUUCGGAGGGGGAGGCGCGCCCCCCCUUUUCGCAGCCAUGGCAGCAGCCACCAGACCCCAACUCAGCUUCCUUGGGGGGCCGCCAAGCCACCAACACGCCAUCAACAUGAAUAUACUGAACUCCCUGCAACCGCAUUGACGGUUAGAACACGCGGGAACGCGUGCAAAUAGUGAACAGCCGCCAUCUUCGUGAGAUGUGUUCUGAAAUCAAAUUAGUGUCGCCGGGACUCAUUUCAAUUUUGGAAGAGUGACUGAACAUAAGAAUAUUAGUUUUUUUUCCUCACAAAGUGUUUAUGAACCUAAGUAGAAAAAAAAAUGUUGAAGUGUUGUGCAAGACUUACAUGAAUAUGUAAUGGCGUCAUAGAGUGUCUGUAAAAAUACUUUUUUAGUCAAUGUAAUAUAAUAGGUAUUUACUAAAUCUUAAGGUUCAAUUUAGGAAUUUAAAUAGUAUUUAUUCAUAGUAUGAUGUUUGUUUUUACAAAUUCAAACGAUAAGUGCAAUUUUUUAACUUGAUGUAAGUGACUAUUAUGUAAUUAGAAAUAUGAUAUGAUUACUUACAUCACAAAACUGUUUCCUAUUUUAAUUAUAAUUUUCUUAAAACUAUUAAAUAUAUAUGUUCAAAAGAAAACACAGUUUUAAAGAUCCAUACAAACUUUAGUCAAACAAGAUAAGUUUGCCUAGUUAAAAUCCAAGGAUACCUAGUUACAUACCUUUGUUUUUGAUCUUCUCCAAAACUUGUUAGGGCAAAAACCUACAAUACAUGUACUUAUUUAUUACUAUAAUACAAUAUGUCUAUAAUAUAUUGUUACUUAAUCUCUAAUACAUUAAUGAAACACAAGAUGUCAUACAAAAACAAGCGAACAUACAAUGUAGGUAAACUUUAUUACUAAACUGUUAUUUAUUUUUUUUGCAUUUUAACAUAUCCAGCUUUGUCGACUGUUUUGUAAGAUAUAUCAAGAACCUAUCUUUCUACAAUUUACCUACUUACGUUGACAAAUCAAUACAAUGUGAAGAAAAUAUAAUUUUUCACUGGGAUUAUAUUGUAAUCAUGUGUAGAGGGCUCUAGGAGUGAUAAUUGCAAAUUUUCUGAGGUUCGAGUCAGUAAAAAGUAAGUACUUUAACUAUACCAGUGUAUCGAUUAGUGUCCAUAGAGUCAGGGUUGAUAAUUUUUGACAUUUUGUGUUCAGACUUCCGACUAACAAAAACCAUAUUCAAUUACAAUUACUAUUAUAGCACGUUUGAUUUUUAUAAAUAUGAGUCUGAAACCCUAAAUUCCUCUCUUAGUGCGCACCUAGCCAAUAAAGAACUUUACCUACAGGCCUAAUUUUAGGUAUCUAAACCCAGUGAUUAGGGCUGCGUAUUUCAGUAAAACAGUCAGUCAUUAGAACACAGAAUGAUUAAGAACGCACUAUUUCUCCCCUUUUUUAUGAAAAGUCACCGGCGUGUGCCUGAAACCGUUAAUUAUCACAUUAAUGAUCAAUUUAUUGAAGCCUGCCACACUUUUUCAUAACAAAACAACCCCAUAAUUAACUAAUUUCACUUACAUAACGCACUUCGUCCCAGUACAUUAGUUUUCAAUGACUCCGUGAAUAGCUUUAUUAUAGACAUUCAUUGUGUAUCUAAUAACAUAGCAAAAAGUUAGCAAAUGAUGACACGACCACAUAUUUUAACCAUUGAAUUUCAAGCAAAAUGUAACUUACUUUUACGGGAUGGUUAAGUACUUUUUUCAUGGAUAAAUAGUAUGUGACGUGCCAUUCUCAAACUCUUACUACACACAUAGACUCCUACGAGGUAGUUAUAUUUUAAAUCUUAUAUGUUUCGUGUAUGAUUGUUUGUCAAACAAUAGACACACAAACAAGUUUGACAAACUUUUGUCCUGUUCGUAUCUGCCAAUCGUGUCGAUAGAAUUUUAGUAGUUUCGUGUAGUAGUUUUUAAUUCACGAAUAUCUGAAAUAUGAGCUUGAGCUGGGCUAAGAAUGACAACUUGAGAACUGCGCAGAAAUAUCGCACGAUGCAAUUCAAGACGAUAAAAACACAUCAUUGCUGUAGUUUGAAGUACAAAAUGGCAUUUCAAUUCCGUUUUUUAUUUAGAUUCCUAUUAUUUCAUUGGCUUUGUAUUGCAUUGGUACUUUUUUUUUACUGAUUAGACCCUCCAGGAAUGGUAAGACGGAUAUUUGCAGUAAAGAUACUACGGUCUACCAACUCACUAGGAUUCAGAUUUCGAUAAUUUUCACACUACAUAGUUAUAUAGUUAUACUAUAAUUAUUGUGUAAAUAAUUGUUAGUAGUAUUCAAUUAAAUUAUUGUAUACGUAAGUUUAAGAUAGAAAGCCUAAACUAUUAGAUUUUU